UGUUACUGUAGACUGAGAGCAAUAGCUGAAGUGUCGGCAAUAGACGGUGACAAUAUCUUAUUACACGAGUAAUUAUCAUAGAAUUAGAGCAGUUUCCAUAUAACAAAUAAACAUGAAACAGUGCGUGCGCUUGAAUAAUACACUUAUACACGCAUGUAAAACCUCUCGACAGCAAACUUCCAAUACCACGCCAUGUUUACACGUUUUUCUGUGGUAGCGCGGAAGCUAUCAGGUAGUCUAACAAGCGACGUGUAAAAAUUUUUCCUAAAAACAAGCCUCUCGCUUGAGCGCUGAUGAAAGAUGGAUUUCUUGAAUGUCGCGGCACCGUGACGUCAUAAGUUGGCGACCCUCGAUACAUUGCCACUAGUGGUUGUUCCAUAGUGUGUAUGUAUGUGCUGCGUUAGUUUGGCUAUGUUUGAGGCUCCCUUGGAUUUCUACCUAAUGUGUCGGGUUUUAGGGCCACGUUAACGACCCUUUCGUCGAAGCCAGUCGCCGGUUGAGGCGACAAAGCGAGAACGAUUUGCUAGCGAUCCAUAGAACGCUUGCUGCUCUACGGCAAAAAUGGGGGACACGGGAAUGACUCCAAAGCACCGAGUAGUUGUCGACAAACUUCGCGUGCGUUUAACGGGCUAUCGAGAGCACCAUAAUACUUGCCAAAGCAAGCAGGAUCGACUGCAAGCACUAAGAGAAGAUCAGGUGCGGCAAGAUGCAGCGAUGCUUCACCAGCGGGCCAUCGACAGGAGCGCCGUAAAGAUGCAGCCAAAAAUGAAGCUACACGACGCUGGAGCGAAAAACGAGCACCAGUCGAACGGACCAGAAGUAGGGAAGUCUACAACUGCUAAACUACAGCAAAUUCUAAAGAGGAAAUAUGACCAAGGGCUCAGUAACACGGUGAAUAUACUGAACAACGAUAAAGAAAAUGGCCAAGGCAGAGAAAGCCUGUCGAAAUAUCAAAGAACGGACGAGUUUAGCAAUACUGGCUUGCAGAGUCAUGAGCUUCAAGGUAUGAAUUUAGGGUCUCAACAUGACCAACACUCCACGGCCGCAUCCAGCCAACAACUCGACUCUAUAGAGACUCUGUCGAAUCCUAACCUUAGUACUGGUGGGCAUUUUGUCAACGAUGGCUCGCGCUCCUCACCGCUUUUAACCAACAACACGGAAGCGUACAACGUUAGACUGCAAUCGCAAUCGCCAAAUACCCUACAGCAGGCCCCAAGUGAGUUCAAGCAGGAGCCUCGGCAGAUUGUGGUUUCGUGCGAUGGUGGACGGCUCUCGGUUCCCGGGGCGCCGCAUGAAGCAAUGGCUAAUGGUGUAUCUAUAAGCAAUACCUCAGUGCGUACCUCGGAGAACAACAACACAAAUGAUGGCUUUGCCGGUCAGGGGUUACAACAGGAAUUAAAAGAUUUCGAGGAUGUUCUUCGAAAAUAUCAAAGUCAGAGCUACAAGGGUAGCCCGAUAAACAAUAACGAGAUUUCGCCACAACAGCAUAGACAGUUACAACGACCAAGUCAACCGGGACAAAUGGAUAACGUUACGCGCGAAACGAGGUCAGCCCAACAGAGUCCAAGUUCACUUACUAACCCGGUUUCUACCCAAAAACACCAAUUCACUGGAGGACAACAAGGGGCUACUGGACCCACAGCCCUGCACUUGCAGCAACUAGCGAGGCAAGCGCAGAGUCAGAGAGCAAGAGGAUUCAUUGAGAACCCAGACCAGGACUCUACUAAUAUGAGCCAGUAUAGUGCACAAAACAUGCAAUACUAUGACAUGCGAUUUGCCAGCUCAGGAUCACAAGCCCAAGUGCCCAAUACAGGAACAAUGCCACAAGUUACACCGGCAGGGAGGUUACGGCCCCCUAUGCCGCCUUCUACCUCCGACCAAUAUGGCAACAUGUACUCGUCGAAGGACCAAAAUCAGAGUAUCAUGUCAACAGGCUUCCCUAGUAAUGCUUCUUUACAGUACCAACGCAUGAUGCAUUCCCAGGCAUCACAGCAGGCACUUUACAAUAGGAUGAAUGCACAGCAGAACAUGUCGCAAAGGUUAUCACACCCAAGUAUACCUGAACAGCAGGCAUACAACCCUUAUGGCAACCAACAAGUCAUGAGCCAAGCCCCGCCACAGGUGAAUAACAUGUCAAUGCAAAACAUGCCGGCUUACUCAAGCAGUGGUUAUCCAAACAUGCGGGGAAACCAGUUUCAGCGGCAGCUUUCGAUGCCAGUGAUGUCACAGGGGUACCCUAAUCAGGAACAGUAUGCCCAACAGAUGCAGCAGUACCAAGUUAAUGAGCAGCAAGGACCCAUGCCUCAGCAGCAGCAGCCCCAAGGGGAUAUGAAUUGCGGAUCCUACCAGUACAAUAGGAGAAACUCAUUCCCUCUGUACCAUCGUGCUAUGAGCCAGCCAGCAGGUGCAUAUGGUCAGGCUAACCAUGAAGGUUACAAUGGACCAAUGUCCCAGAUGAGAGGUAUGCCUGGACAAGCCCCUUCUAUGAUAGAGGGCCAGGGAGGCCCCGCUCAAGGAUACGCAUACAAUAGUAGAACUCCAAAUAUGACUGCCCCUCAGUCAAAUCAAAUACUUCACCUUCAGGGCCAACAGCGGGUGAAUGCUACCAUGGCAACUCCAGGAGUUCAAAUACAACAGCAGCACCCCGAUCAUGGAAUGGCCUAUGGCGGGUCAGCAAUGAGAGACUUGAAUUCCCAGUCUGUCACACAGGACAUGAAGUACUCCAACAGGUCAGACAUCCAGAAGACUGUUGGUGGUUAUAAUGGAACCAUGGGCAUGCCUGAAGCAGGUAGUGUUCCAGUCUCAAGGAAUAAUAACAAUGAUACACAGUUUAAUGCAUUUUCUCCUCUAGCUGCUCUGGAAAAAGCACCAUCACUCACUUCUCUACUUGACCAAUCUUCUGGAAAUUUAACUAACCUGGAGACUACAUACACUGGUUCUAUUCCAAACUUGGAGUUACUAGGGGAUAUUAUAGGCCAAGGUGUUUGACUUUUUAAUAGAUUUAAAGGGCUUGAUUUGAACACCCAAGGUAUAAUUUGCAAGAGGACAAAACAUUUUUUUUCACAAAUCAGUAAGUUAGGAAUUUCAUUUCCUAGCCUACCCUUCAAUAUUUGAGGUUACUUAAGCUGAGCACUAAAAUCAAACCCUGAUACACACUUGGAAAUUAGCAUUAAGUAAUAUCUAUUAUGUUGGUAACAGAUUCUUUAUGGUAGCUUACAAUGUAAGCCAAGAUCAUGUUUUAGACUACAAAGUGCAACUCCAAUUACCCUUACGUUCCCCAAUGUUUUAGUUAUUGUAAGCUAUCAGUAAAUACGUGUAAUAGGUUGUUUAAGGUCUGCUAAUGUUUUGGAUUUGUAGGUCAUACUUUGUUCCCCGGUGAGUCCUGACUUAUUUGCAUAUCAUGGUCUAAUGCUCCAGUUCAAAGAUUGACUUUAAAAUUGUUUUUAUUGUUUUAUAACCACUUUUGAAUUUUUUGAACAUCCAUAUACUGUUAGAUCUUUUUCUGGGGAAGGGUCAUUUGAAUGAGAUGGGUCUUGGUUUAGCAAAUUUCCGAAUAAACUUUAAAAAGAUACAGUGAGUUCCAACAACUCAAAAUUGCUUUAUUAUAAUUAUUUGUAAAGAAAAAGGAAAAAAUAUGACACCUUGCUCUAUAGGUUAUGUAAUAUGCAUUUUAUAUAUAUAUAUCCAAUUUUAUUUGUUAACAAAGUUAACAGUUAUUCUGUAAAAUAUCAUGUCCCCUAAAGCAUUAAGGCAUAAAUGCUCUACAAAAUUUGACCAAGCCAUUAAGAAUAAUAGCUAUGAUAUAGCUAUGAUAUGGACUCAAACUAGAAAUGAUAGCAGGUUCUCCCUUGUAACACAGUUUGGUUGUUGUUCUUGUUCAAAUUUUCGUUUUCUAAAAGAAAGUCAGACAAAAUGUUCAGACAUUGCAUUAUUUGCAACAUAAAAUUCUUAACAGACAAAAAAAGGUUCCUUUUUAGAAAAGCAAAUCUUAAAAAAACUUCUUAGUCAAGAAAAGCUGUUUGUAAUCACAAAAAUUAUAAUAUUCUUUGCUAUUAGCAAGUGUAGAGCCCUAGGACGGCCUGCAGAUCUGAAAUCAAAUACCUCUUAUAUUUUUAGAGAUGUGUAUACAACUGAUUUCAUAUCUGCAAACAUGGCAACUACAAUUGCCUAUUAUCAAUAAAAACUUUGCAUUUGUAAAGAGGCACUUAGACACCAUGACAGAUCUAGUUCAGCCACAUUUCCAUUUCAUGUAGAAUUUCAUUCCGAUGUUUAAGAUAUAGUAAUUUAACACAAGAGUUAGUUAGUAAAAAUAUAAAAAAUC